AUGGCCUGGGUGGGCAACCAGACGCUCGUCUCCCACUUCAUCCUCCUGGGCCUCUUCAGCCUCUCGCCAUUGCACCUGUUCCUCUUCUCCAUCAUCAUGCUCAUGUUCCUGGUGGCCCUGUCUGGCAACGGGCUCAUGAUCGUCCUCAUCCACGCGGACGCGCGCCUGCACAGCCCCAUGUACUUCUUCCUCAGCUGGCUGUCGCUCAUGGACCUCAUGCUCAUCUCCACCAUCGUGCCCCGCAUGGCCGUCGAUUUCCUCCGCGGUGGGGGCGCCAUCUCCUUCGCGGGCUGUGGACUCCAGAUCCUCUUCUUCCUCACCCUGCUGGGCGACGAGUGCUUCCUGCUGGCGUUCAUGGCCUACGAUCGCUACGUCGCCAUCAGCAACCCGCUGAGGUACUCGGUGGUCAUGAACCGCAGGGUCUGCUGGCUCAUGGUGGCCGGGUCCUGGCUCUUUGGCCUGGUGGAUGGGUUGAUCCAGGCCGUCUUCACACUCCGCUUCCCCUAUUGUGGCUCCCAGGAGAUUGACCAUUUCUUCUGUGAGGUCCCUGCUGUGCUCAAACUAGCCUGUGCUGAUACCUCCCUCUACGAAACCAUGAUCUACGUCUGCUGCGUCCUCAUGCUGCUCCUGCCCUUCUCUGUCAUCUCUGCCUCCUACCUGCGGAUCCUGGCGGCCGUCCUUCGCAUGCGCUCUGCGGAGGGCCGGCAGAAAGCCUUCGCCACCUGCUCCUCCCACAUGAUGGUGGUCUCCCUCUUUUAUGGGGCCGCCAUGGUCACCUACAUGCGGCCUCAGGCCUACCACUCCUCCAAGCAGGACAAGGUGGUCUCUGCCUUCUACACCAUGAUCACGCCCAUGCUCAAUCCUCUCAUCUACAGUCUGAGAAACAAGGAAGUGACCGGGGCUCUGAGGAAACUCCUGGGGAAGUGUCCCUGCGUUGGGAGGGUGGGAGAUUGA